CACCUUGGGGCCAAGCAUGACUUUGAAAGACGCUUCCAACUCAAAGAAGGGGGAAGAAAGGAGUCCGGCACCAACGAAGACCCCUAUCAAGCAAGUCGUUGGUCGAGAAGCGAUCAACCCUCAACCACUCACCAUCCAAAGUUUGGAAGCAUCCGACGACGACGAUCCAUCAGGAGAGGGAGAAGACACGAAGCGCCUGGAGGGCCAACUAGCGAAGCUUCGGGAAAAGCAAGCACUUCAAAUGGCCAGCACGCAAGGCCAACUGGAUCAAGUCAUGACCGCGUUGUCAGCACUAACAAAGGCAAACAAUCACGGGCCUCCCAAUCCCCAAGAAGCCACAGAGGAGAGGAGGCGCCUCCGAGGAAAGAUGCAAGAGGUGGAGGUGCUACCCAUGAACUCCCCACGGGAGGGUGUGGGCGCCUCACCCAACGAGGACGCAAUCGAAGCUGACGACGAUGUCUACCUGGAGAAGUACGCCCGACUCAACUACGGCGACUCGGAAGAAAGAAGCGCCCUGGAAUUUUUGUAGGGGGAGGGCCGCCCUUUAAGUAAGCGUAACUCAAAGACACCCUAAGAGAGGCAAAAGCGUGCUAGGAGGAGUCCUUUUAUUCAGUUUAGGUUGGUAAUGUUAGGAAUUUUCGGGGAAAGGGACGCGCCCUGGAGAUACCCCAUGUAAUUCCCUAUUUUGCUCAAGGAACGGAUAUUCACUACUCGACAAUGCGAAGUUAUCCCUGUUUUAACAGAUGGAGUCACCCCAGACUCGCUUCCUCCGUCGAGGAGAAGCCUAAGCGUGUUACCACCUUCUCAGGGGUACACGUAAGAAAAAUCAAGUUUUGCU